AUGGAUCCUGGUAAUCUCACAUGGAUAUCAGAAUUUGUCUUCCUGGGUCUCUCACAGACUCGAGAAGUUCAGUACUUUCUGUUUCUGGUGUUCUUGUUGGUCUAUACCACAACUGUAGUGGGAAACCUCCUCAUUGUUGUUACCGUAACCUCUGACUCCCGGCUCCAUACACCCAUGUACUUUCUGCUCAGAAAUCUGGCUGUCUUAGACCUCAGUUUCUCUUCAGUCACUGCCCCGAAGAUGCUGGUCGACCUCCUUUCUGAGACCAAGACCAUCUCCUACCAGGGCUGCAUGGCCCAGAUCUUCUUCUUCCACUUUCUGGGAGGUGCCAUGGUCUUCUUCCUGUCAGUCAUGGCCUAUGACCGCCUUGUUGCCAUCUCCCGGCCCCUCCACUAUGUCACCAUCAUGAACACGCAACUCUGUGUAGGGUUAGUGGUGGCUGCCUGGGUGGGAGGCUUCCUCCAUUCCAUUGUCCAACUGAGUCUGAUGCUCCCACUUCCCUACUGUGGCCCCAAUGUGCUGGAUAACUUCUACUGUGAUGUUCCUCAAGUACUGAGACUAGCCUGCACUGACACUUCCUUCUUGGAGUUCCUCAUGAUCUCCAACAGUGGGAUGCUAGAUGCCAUCUGGUUCUUUCUCCUUCUGAUGUCCUAUUCAAUCAUUCUGCUGAUGCUGAGGUCCCACCCGGGAGAGGCCAGGAGGAAAGCAGCCUCCACCUGCACCACACAUAUCAUUGUGGUGUCCAUGAUCUUCAUUCCAAGUAUUUACCUCUAUGCCCGUCCCUACACCCCAUUCUCCAUGGACAAGGCUGUGUCCAUCAGCCACACCGUCAUGACUCCCAUGCUCAACCCCAUGAUCUACACCCUGAGGAACCAGGAGAUGCAGCAAGCAGUGAAGAGACUGGGGAUGCGCUGGUUGGUUUGUAAAAAGGGCUGA